AUGCCUUUGGGCGUUGAGGCUUUAGAAGCUGCCGUGGAUGCAGCCCUGGCUGCAGAGGACGGCCAGAAAAGCGUCCACUGUCUUUCACCUGUUGUGGAAGCUCUGCGGACCCAGGCCGCCUUGGCACAGUCCUUCCUGCCUGGUGUAUCUGACAAUGGUUCUUCCAGAGACUACUUGCGGGUGACCUGCGCUUUCGAGCGCCUUGUGACCAAGGGGUCUUCGCCGUGGUUUGCGCAACUAGCAGACCUUUUAAGAGGAGCUGCCGCAGAGGUCAUGCCGAUACUUCCCAGGCGACCAUUCGCACAGUCCGACUUCUCGGAAUCCGACGCCAAAAACGAGGAAGCUGAUAUGGAUGUUCAUGAGUCCGGAGAUCCAGACAAAGAGUCCUCAUCUGGCACAGGGAGCACCGAGGAGCCCAAAGAAGAUGCGGCAGAAAUGUUAGAUGUCGAGGACAUGGAUGUUGAUGACGAACUGUCAACGCCUUCAAUUACGUGGUUGUCCGCGCUCUUGUCGGCCAUUCUCCCUCUCUUGACGAAUGCCUUGCCGAGAGAUCAGAACGAGGUCGCCAUCAUCCCCCACCCUCACAAAAUGGAGAGACAAGAGGCUGCAGAAGACACCAUGAAUGUGCAUUUGGGGACCUCACGAUGGCGCCCCGUCUUCAACACGAAGAAGAUUUGCGACAAUUGCGGCACUCGUAUCACCGAUCGCUUCUACUACCACUGCUCAGAGAAUUGUGACAUCGACUUUUGCCAGGAUUGUCACACAAGAUCCAGAGAGUUGCUGGAUGCCUUCAUGGCGGAGGUCGACGAAGUCAACGAUGAGAACUUGUCAAGGAGGUUGUUCUGGGUCAUCGACAUAACCGAACGAAUAGGAUGGCACGUAUUGCAUCUGAACGCGGCGGAUCGGCGAAGGUUGGCCCAUGAGUUAGCAUUCUCAUGGCCGACCGUCCUCUUCGAGAAGCUGGCACAGGCUGCCGUCGACGUAGUCAAUGCCAGAGUCGUGCAUGUUCAAGAUGUCAAGGACAUCCAGUCAGACGAGCGAUUCUGGCACGCAGUAGGUUGGCUGCAAUUCCUGUACAGCACCAAUGAGUUGCCAUGCAAGACAAGGAGGCUGGAGGAGCAGAGCAGUCGUGGUCCAAAGGUCGACUACGAGCGCUUUGUCCUUGAUGGCAUCAACAAGUGCGAGCCGCUCUCGGAGUUUCAGCGGUGGCGGAAGCACCCCGGUGCCACGGUGCCGAAAGUGCUGGACGUGCGAAGGUUUAAAAUCACGAACGACUUUUGCUCCUUCCUGACGCAUAGUAACUUAGUGCCGGUCAACUUCCGGCGGGUUUGCUUGCUUUGCGACGUAUGGGAGCAGAUGCAGGGGCGAAUCGUGCCUUUGCACCUGGAGGUUCCUCGUGAGCCACAGCGACUCGUUCAUGCCGUUAUCGAGCGGUUCUGCGAAAGCCUCAAAGAUGCGGAUCUGCGACAGCCGUUGAGGGUGUGCUUCCAAGACGAAGAGGCAGGUGGCCCUGGUGUGACGAAGGAAUUCUUCCAGGUUGCAUUACGCAGUUUCCUGGACGUUUGGCACAACAAUGAGCGUCUCUUCGUCUAUGACGAGCAGUCGCGAACGUAUUGGUUGAACGAGCGGGCCGUUGGCUCGGAAGACUUUUUCCGAUCCUAUGGCAUCUUGCUGGGUCAGGCUGUGCUGAACCAUAUUCACGUCCCGAACAUUUUCCCUCGUGUGCUUUAUGAUCGGCUACUCGAGGAGCUAGAGUCGCCUUGCGCGAAGAAGCUGAGACUUGAGGACAUUGGGGCCGUGUGCCCGAACACUGCGAAGAGUCUGCGCCAGAUUCUCGAGUACCCGGGCCAGGAUAUCGCUGAAGUCUUCGGGGACCUCGCUUGGCCACGUGGCGCCCUCCUUGCAGAGGACUUGCGGAUCUCGCAGGCCAAUAAAGCGGACUUUGUCCAGGCCUAUGUCGAUUGGUUUUUUCAUGGCAAAAUUCAAGCCCAGCUCAAGCCGCUGAGCGAGGGGUUCAAGACCAUCCUCGGUGGAUCGUCACUACUGCGCACUAUAGUGGAUGCGGUUCAGCUAGAGAAGAUCGUCUGUGGACGAGCAGAACAUGUAGAUGUGGAUGCAAUCCGUUCCAGUGCAGAGCUCGAGGGAUGGACAGACGAGGACAGGUCGGAAUACUUGCCAUGGUUGUGGGAGGCAACAUUCGGCCUGCAGUCUAUGUGUAGACUUGUUUUUGCUUGUAUAUUAUUGUAUAUAUAUAUAUAUGUACAUAUACACAUACAUAUACAUGUACAUACACAUACACGUGCGCAUAUACAUAUUUCUGAAUGUAUUUGUUUAUGUUAUUAUGCUAUCUAUGUAUAUAUAUAUAUAUGUCUCCUACUUCUUUAUCCAGAAAGCCUCGCCCUGAUGGCCCCAUGUUGUCAUUUUUGA